AUGGCCUCGCUGCUGGGAGCCUACCCGUGGCCCGAGGGGCUCGAGUGUCCAGCCCUAGAAGCCGAGCUGUCAGAGGGGCUGUCGCCGCCGGCUGCCCCCCGGCCCCCUGGGGACAAGGGUUCGGAGAGCCGCAUCCGGCGGCCCAUGAACGCUUUCAUGGUGUGGGCCAAGGACGAGAGGAAACGGCUGGCGGUGCAGAACCCGGACCUGCACAACGCAGAGCUCAGCAAGAUGCUGGGAAAGUCGUGGAAGGCACUGUCUCUGUCGCAGAAGAGGCCCUACGUGGAUGAGGCCGAGCGGCUGCGGCUGCAGCACAUGCAGGACUACCCCAACUACAAGUACCGGCCCCGCAGGAAGAAACAGGCCAAGCGCCUCUGCAAGCGAGUGGACCCCGGCUUCCUCCUGAGCUCCCUCUCCCGGGACCAAAACACCUUGCCUGAGAAGGGCAGCGAUGGCCGUGGGGCGCAGGGAGAGAAGGAGGGCAGGGGUGAGUACUCCCCAGGCACCAGUGUGCCCAGCCUCCGGGGCUGCUACCACGAGGGCCCGGCCAGCAGUGCGCCCAGCAGCGUGGACACGUACCCCUUCGGGCUGCCCACGCCCCCAGAGAUGUCUCCCCUGGACGCGCUGGAGCCGGAGCAGACCUUCUUCUCCUCCCCGUGCCCGGAGGAGCAUGCCCACCCCCGCCCCCUCCCACACCUGCCGGCACCACCGGAGCAGACCUUCUUCUCCUCCCCGUGCCCGGAGGAGCAUGCCCACCCCCCCCCUCCCACACCUGCCCCGACCAUGAUGUCCACUGUCCCUGGCUGUCCCCCGUCUCCUGCCUAUUACUCCCCAGCCACCUACCACCCGCUCCAUUCCACCCUUCACACCCACCUGGGCCAGCUGUCCCCGCCCCCAGAGCACCCUGGCUUCGAUGCCUUGGAUCAGCUGAGCCAGGCGGAACUUCUGGGGGACAUGGAUCGCAAUGAGUUUGACCAGUAUUUGAACACUCCUGGCCACCCGGACUCUGUCACCGGGGCCCUCAGUGGGCACAGCCAUCUCUCCCAGGGGACCCCCACGGGCCCUGCGGAGACCAGCCUCAUCUCUGUGCUGGCUGAUGCCACAGCCGCGUACUACAACAGCUACAGUGUGUCCUAGAACCCUUGCUGCCCCGGCCACACUGUGCUCAGCUCGAGCAGACUGCGCAGUGCCUCCAGCCUUCCUCCGGCCCCCAGUUGGGGGGAGGCCCAGACACCGGCCCAGAGCCUUCAUCCUACAGCCAGGACAGGCUCCGUGGGUCCAGCGCCCUUGUCUUCCUUCAAGUGAAUUCCACUGGCUGCAGCCCAGGAGCAGGGCCCUCUGGGACGCUCUCCCCCUCCCAGAACGACUUCCCUGCCCUGCUGUCCUUGCCUGUUGCUGCUGGACUGUCCCCCGGUGCUGACAGAGCCACGGAUGCUGGGUGCUUGAGGUGGCAGAGCCAGGGCCAGGACCCCAGCACUGCCACAGACUCAGGCGAAGCCCUGCCUGCCCUCCCCUCCAGCCCCUCCACUCCAAGAAGCCAGGGCUGACUAGACAGCCAAGCCCUCUGCUGUCAUCUGGGUUUCCGGAGUUAGGGUUCUGAAAAGGCUGCCUGAAGGACAGCGGGGAAUCCUGACAAGUGUAGCCUGGCUCUGUGUGCUCUGCUCCGGACACGGGCUCGCGGCUCUCUCUGCUCUCCUUUCUGCAGUGACCCUCAGGUCAGGACUCUUCAGGUGGAGAGAGGCACCCACCCUGAUUCGGGAAGUCGGACAGCAUGGUCUCCCACCUCACUGGAAAUGGGACUGAAUUGAAGCUGUUUUUUUUUUAUUAAACAUACAUUUAUAGAUAAAUUCUGCUUUGUCACGCACACUUGGAGAGAGUCUGUAAGAGACGCCCCCAUGCUCACCUUUACGCACACUGCUGUGUGGUGUAAACCGGGUCUGCUCAUCUGGCUCUGCCCCGAAAGAUCCAGAGAGCCAGGGUCCUGGCGCAGCAUCCCCGUCUGCAAACCCAGAUGUGUUGGUUUCGCUUCCUUGCCGCUGCCUCAGCUCCCCUUCCCCCUUUCCUGGAAUUCCCUUCUGUCCUCUGCUUGCUCUUCCUCCACCCCUGAGUGGGUCCCCAACACAGACAGCCCUGACUUAAAAUCCCAGUGAUUCCUCUGACCGUGAGAAUUCCUUUUCCUCGUGAGCCUGCGGGUCCUGCAAGCACCACCCUCGCCAGUCUGUUAGAGGAACUUCCCCGCAGCACCGAGGUGAGGAGACUCACUUCCCAGCCAGAAACUCACUGUGACUGACCCGGUUCUGAGCCAGACACUUCAUUCUCCCCUGCUUCGGGGAAGGAACACCCUGACGGGACACUUGCUUGUCUUCCGACAUCUGCAUUUUAUUGCCUGUGUGAAAUAUGUUUUAUAUUUUCUCCGAUUAUGCUCCCUUAUAUUUUGAAUUGUUGAAAGACCCUUUUUUCUUCUUCCAAGAAGUCUUAUUAUAAAAUCACUUAUAUGAUCACUCUUUAUGUUAUUACUGUAUAUGCUAUUUGGUAAUAAAAGGUAAAUCGUUCUGGUGCACAGCCCAGGAGUGUAUUAAUAAUCAUGUAAAACAGUAUCACAGACAUUAAGCUAAACUGUUCCAUUUUUUUUUGUAAUGACCACACGUGCUUA